ACGAUAUCCAGAUUCUAAGGUAAGAUCUUAUUAAGGAAGAUCAGUGUGGUCUUUCAGGUUUAUCUAUAACGAUUCGUUUGCAGAUGUUUUCCUCAUUGCUGCCCGUGCCACGUGAAACGGAGUUACUGUGGGUCCCCUCUCGAAGUGUCAGUGCGUUUUGAGCAUGGUAAUCAAUCAACUGGAGUGCCAUUCGACGCCAUCAACAUCUUCGUAUUCGCUCGCUUCGAAAUAGCGGGUGAAGAUAAUCUGCCAGCUCGUAUGUACUCUCUGCGCACUCUUCGAAGCACUACACAAGACGAUUCUAGUGUGGAAGCGCCAUGGAUCGAGGGUGUACGCCAGUCGACAGAUCAGCACCAACGCUCCAUCACGUUCAUGUUGAACGGUGAGCCUUACGAUAAAUGGUAUUACCACUGGGAAAGCAGCUCUCACAAGAUGCAGCGUGCCGCAAAACACGUGCUACGAGCCUACGUGCUGUACCAAUUCCCAUCCCGAUCGACCGAUUUUGAGAGGACACAAUCUGCACAACAGAGUAGCCAAUUACCAGAUGACAAGCUCGAUUUACUCUGCUUUGUGGAUUCGCCUCCAUUCACGUUGGUAUCGUAUCCAAAUGUGUGA